GAACGGCAGAGGAGAAAAGACCUCAAUGCGCGACAAGCAAGCCUGGCACAGGCUCAUUAUGCUCGAAAUCUUGUUUGGCGCUGUGGUUGGAAUCCCUGGAUGAAACAUCUAGAAGUGAGCAGAGGGAAAUGGGAGAUGGCAGUUAAGAAUUCAAUAAGCUGGAGGAUGGCUCAGGCGUUUCAUCGCUGGAAAAUUGAAGCAGGCACGGAAAAGGAAGAACGGGAGGAGGCAGAACAAGCGCUCCUGGAGCGUGUUUCUGAGAUUAUCCAAACACUGUACAAGAAAAUUGCAUGGUCAGCAUGGAGGCAGGCCCAUGUGGUCGCCGCAUUCCGCAGAGCAUGGCAGCAGAAGACUCUGCUUUCUUUAUGGAAAAAGGCAGUUUACAUUAUGAAAGAGGAUUGGGCAUGGGCAAGGGAGGUGAAACAGCAGAGGAUUGUUAAGGGAGCUUACUUGGCAUGGAAAUGUAAGGCACAAGAGUGGAGGGAUAUCAGACUACUCAAGGAAAUACACGGCAUGAAAAUCGCAUCCCUUCAAAAUGAUAGGUUCUUGAAACUAAGAGCGGUCAGUGGUUGGAAAGAAGCCCUUCAAGAGGCACAUGAUGAGAAAGCAAGGAUGAAGAACCAUGAGGAGACCUGGAAUAAGGACGCUAAGGAAAGGCAGGUGCGGACAAAUAGGCUUCGCUGAACUGGUGGUUUAAACCACCAGUACCUUUCCCAGCUAUCAAGUCCGACCCUC